CACGUGAUAACUCGUUUGCAGCAGCCGCCAUAUUACGGCCUAUUUCCUAGUUUGGACCUUGUCAUUGUAAUUUACAAGUUGACAGUACUUUGAAACACCGUUUAUUCGUACAGGGAGGUUCAUGUGCAUUGAGCAAGCCUGUUAAUCAUACGGAUCAAUUAAGCUUAGUGUCUGCAAGACCCAGCUAACGGUCAGAGACAGUGUGAAAACACUGCCUGUCACAGGUCACGCCGAACGAAACAUGCCGGUGCGAAAACAAGAUGCCCACAGGGCGCUGGAGUUGCUGGAGGACUACCACAGUCGGCUGAACAAACCGCAGGAUAAGCAGUUAAAAAAUGCCAUCGAGCGUGUGAUACAGAUCUUCAAGAGCAGGUUAUUCCAUGCCUUGCUAGAAAUCCAGGAGUUCUAUGAGUACACCCUUCUUGAUGACUCCAAGUCCACCCAUGAGAAGACCCUGGAGACGCUUCAACUGGCCAGCAAGUGGGAGCGUGAGCCACCAGCAGCCAACAACCAGACCAGCAGGAUGGAAGUUAGCCACAAGAUGAAUUCCCCAGUAGAAGAAGACUUGCCUCCACCACCACCGCCCCUUGAAAUGUCGAACACCCGAGCUACAUCGGAAUCUGUCCCACCUCCUGUAGAGAAACCUGCCCCUAUCCACAGCAAAGCUACUACACACACCACCGUCACGUACGAUGAGCGUGACCUCCCGCCACCGCCUGAGGGAUCGGAAGCAGCAGAUUCGGAAUUUACCAAUGGCGAGGGUGACUGGGAGUCAGAGGAGAUUGCUCUGGAGAGGGGAACAACAGGCCUUGGGUUCAGCAUCGCUGGCGGCAGUGACAACCCCCACAUCGGCGAGGACCCCAGCAUCUUCAUCACCAAGAUCAUCCCCGGAGGUGCAGCAGCAGCAGACAAGAGGCUCAAGAUCAACGACAUCAUUGUGAAAGUGAGCGAUGUUGACGUCUCCAACUGCACCCACGCUGAAGCCGUGGACGCCCUGAAGCAAGCCGGAUCUCGAGUCGUGCUGCUUGUGAAGAGGCUGAAGGCGUCCAUUGAAAACGUUGUGCAUAUCGAGCUAGUCAAGGGAAACAAAGGUCUGGGUUUCAGCAUCGCUGGUGGCCAAGGCAACCAACACAUUCCGGGAGACAAUGGCAUCUUCGUGACAAAGAUCAUUGAGGGUGGCGCUGCAGAACAGGAUGGAAGACUGGAAACUGGCGACAGACUUAUGGCUGUGAACGAUGACAACUUGGAAGAUGUGACACAUGAGGAGGCCGUCGCAGCUCUGAAGUCAACGAUGGAGGUGGUGCGCCUGACGGUGGCCAAACUCUCCCAUCUCCCAGACACCCACGACCCUCCAUCCCUCACAGGUCAUUCCACCGAACCGGUAUCAAUAACGAGCGGCAACACAUCGCCAUUCCCCGUGACGCCGCCAAAAGUCCCCAACACAGCCGCCUCCAGUACGGACCGGAUAGACGGGGAAAGGACAGAAGCUGAGGAACCUCCCAGCAGAGUGCCGAUUCCAGGGGAACCCCGGAAGAUUGUAUUAAAGAAAGGUUCCACUGGUCUCGGGUUCAACAUCGUCGGUGGGGAGGAUGGAGAAGGCAUCUUCUUGUCGUUCAUACUGGCUGGUGGUCCGGCUGAUCUCAGUGGAGAACUUCGAAGAGGAGACCAGAUACUGUCUGUGGGUGGAAAAGAUAUGAAGCAUGUGGAGUUGUUGCAUGCGACACAUGAAGAUGCAGCAGCUGCACUCAAAGGCGCUGGCGAUACUGUGGACAUAGUUGCUCAAUAUAAACCAGAAGAAUACAACCGAUUUGAAGCGAAGAUUCAAGACCUGCGAGAACAGAUGAUGAACACGAGCACUGGCAGCCUGAGGACCACACAGAAGAAGACAUUAUAUGUCAGAGCAUUAUUUGACUAUGACCCUACAAAGGACAGCGGCUUACCGAGCAAGGGUCUGGCAUUCCGUUACGGCGACAUUCUCCAUGUCACCAACGCCAGCGACGAUGAAUGGUGGCAGGCAAGGCGGAUCACCCCUGAGGGGGAUGAAGAAGGGAUGGGCAUCAUUCCCAGCAAACGCAGAGUUGAAAGGAAAGAAAAGGCCAGGUUAAAAAAUGUGAAGUUUACAGGCAAGAGUUCCAGCAACAAUGAUCGGAUCAAUCAAUCAGCAGCAGCCAAUGACAGGAAAAAGAAGAAUUUCUCCUUCUCUAGAAAGUUUCCUUUCAUGAAGAGCAAAGACCACAGUGGUUCGGAGGACAUCAGCGCUGACGAACAAGAGGGUAUGACAGCAGUGGAAGAAGGAAGCGUAGCAAGUGACAAUGACACUAGUUAUCGUGGAGACGAACCUAUUCUGUCCUAUGAAGCAGUGCUUCAGCAGGAGUUGCGGUACACGCGGCCUGUGAUUAUCCUGGGGCCUCUCAAGGACAGGAUAAAUGAUGACCUCAUCUCAGAAUUCCCAGACAAAUUCGGCAGCUGUGUGCCUCACACAACGCGGGAGCGACGAGACUACGAGCAGGAUGCCCGAGAUUACCAUUUUGUGGCGUCACGGGAACAGAUGGAGAAAGACAUUCAGAACCAUCUAUUUAUAGAAGCUGGUGUUUAUAACGACAACUUGUAUGGAACAAGUGUGGCCUCAGUGAAAGAAGUUGCGGAAAAUCAGAAGAAGCACUGCAUCUUGGACGUGAGCGGCAACGCCAUUAAGCGACUGCAGGUCGCAGGUCUCUACCCCAUCGCCAUCUUCAUCAAACCCAAGUCCAUCGACUCCAUCAUGGAGAUGAACAAGAGAAUCACAGAUGAGCAGGCACGGAAGACCUACGAGCGGGCCUUGAAACUGGAGCAGGAGUUUGGGGAGUAUUUCACAGCUGUUGUCCAGGGUGACACUGCAGAUGAGAUCUAUGCAAAAGUGAAAGAGGUUAUUCGAGACCAGUCAGGACCAACAAUCUGGGUUCCAGCCAAAGACAAACUCUGAACUCUUACGUCUUAGAGGAAAUAAACUCAUAACUUCCGGUCAUGUGAUAGUCAUGUGACAGUCAUGUGACUCAUAGAUGAUGCUCAGGCUGUACAUUAUCUCUUUGUCGGAGACUUUGUGAUACUGUAGGAAUGAUGGGAUACUGUUGCUACGACGACCGGACCUGUUGCUAUGGUGAUCUCAAGAUUCUCCUCUGCAGAUCUGAUCGUGGCUUUCAACAUUCACCAUACGACCUUGACCUUGACUCAAGCUCUUCCGGAUGCUGCUCACCCGUGUAUGGUUGGAAUCGGAAGAUCAGCCGUACACUUUUGCUACUACUUUCAGUUCCCGAGUACUCAAGGCCUUUCCAGGUGUACACUUACAAUAACUUGAUGGUUGACAGGCCACGUCAGAAAGGUCAAGUGCUGGUAAAGAAGUAAAACUACAUGCAGGCUCAAGAGGUGACCUGCAGACACCAUGUUUGUGUACAAGUGUAUUACUACUUAUUUAAGACUUGAUUUAGUUGCUAUUGACUGUCGGAGCAAGGUAUAGCAAGUAUAAGCUACGAGCCCAUCACAUGAUUACACGGCUGUGAAAGUAUGGAGCACCGUCUCGCCAAAUUAUUUAUUGAUGAGCUGUUUCAUCAAACUGCAGCCUGCACAAACAAUACGAUAAAAUUCCAUCUUUCAUUGCGAGAUCAUUUAGAAAAUCAAAACAAGCUGUCAUAAAAUGCUGGUGUAUCAUGCAUAGUAUUUUUAAAGUUUAAACAAGGUAUUGUAUUGUUUUGAUGUACAAACCCUGAAACUGGGCCUAUACUGCUGUGAUUAAGGGAUGUAUGUAAAAAUUGUCAAUAACCGUUGCCAUGGUAAGAUGUUACUUUUGUGUAUCCAUGGCAACCACAAGUAUUUCCAUUUUUGUGAUGCUCUGCAACUAUGGUAGGUUUUAAUCAAAUGAGUGAGUGAAUGGUUAUGACAGAACUGUGUAACUUAUUCUGCAAGUUGGCUUUUAGUUUCUGAAUAGAAUAAUGCCUUUUCCUGUUGCCAUGGUAAUCAGUGAUUGUCGUAUGACUGCAGUUUAUCAUAACUAGUUGUUGAGCUUCAUGCAGUCGUUACUUUUAGUAGACUUAUGACCGUUCACUAUCAUGGCACAUUUUUCAGAAGCAUUGUUUACUUUACAUUAAGUUUUACCAGCUCCUUACACAGUCUAGCUUUCCACCAUUGUCGGCAGCCCUCUGGUGGCAUUGUUUUAGCUUUGUUAUUUAAACACUAGUUUAGCGAGCUGUUUUUGACUGUAUCAUUUUGAUAUAUAUAUAUUGCAAUUUAAAGAACAGCGUAUGUAGGCCUGUAUAGAUGUAUCAUGACCUUCACCUUGACCUGACCCUCUUGAAAAUCACUGUCAGUGAUUGGCGGAAAUAAACCACUAUUUAUUCUGGUUUGACUA